AUGCCGCGGAGCCCCAUGUCUAGUGAGGAGGAAAUGGCUCAGAGUUUUUCCGACUCGGUCAGUUCAGACUCAGACAGCUCCCGAGAUGAGCCUCCGAGGCUGGACCGACCGACCAGUGGCCGUCAGGACAACAACACUACGCUCAUCUGUGUGGUCAUCCCUGACCUGCAGCAGUCUAAAUCCAUGCGCUUCAGUCCUGAUGCCACCGUGUGGGUUGCUAAGCAGCAGAUCCUGUGUACCCUCACCCAGAGCCUGCGGGACGUGCUCAACUACGGCCUCUUCCAGCCGGCGGUGGACGGCAGGGAAAGCGGAUUCCUGGAAGAAGAGCGGCUGCUCAGAGACUAUCCGCUAUCCUCCACUAAAGGCAUCCCCACUCUUGAGUUUCGCUACAAGAGCAGAGUGUACCAGCAGCCAAAUGUCAACGAAAAGCAAAUCGAAAAGCUCCACACACAGGUCAACCUGAGGAAGUUUAUGGAGUACAUUCAGCAUCAUCAGGUGGAGAAAGUGGCCAAGAUGUUGGAGAGAGGGCUGGAUCCCAACUAUCAUGACCCUGAUACUGGUGAGACCCCGCUGACCCUUGCUGCUCACUUGGACAAUAUGCUGGAGAUUAUAGUGACUCUAAAGAACGGCGGGUCUCAUUUGGACUUUCGCUCCCGGGAUGGCAUGACUGCCCUGCACAAAGCAGCCAGAGCCAAAAACCAGAUCGCUCUCAAGACAAUGUUAGAUUUGGGAGCAUCUCCAGACUAUAAAGACCGGCAGGGUUUGACCCCGCUGUACCACACGGUGACAGUAGGUGGCGACCCCAGCUGCUGUGAGGUCCUGCUGCGUGCCCAUGCCAGCGUCGGGUGCCAUGAUGAAAACGGCUGGCACGAGAUCCACCAGGCAUGUCGAUACGGACACGUUCAGCAUCUGGAGCAUCUGUUGUUUUACGGAGCGGACAUGCAUGUGGAGAACGCGUCUGGAAACACAGCUCUUCAUAUCUGCGCUCUUUAUAAACAGGAAAAGUGUGCCAGGGUGCUUUUGGUCCGCGGUGCAAGUAAAGACGUGAAGAACUAUCGAGGACAAACGCCUUUUCAGGUGGCAAUAAUUGCUGGAAAUUUUGAGCUUGCAGAGUUCAUAAAGAAUCACAAAGAAGCUGAUAUUGUGCCUUUCCGGGAGGCACCGGCAGGCACAGGACGGAGCAGGCCGUCGCAGCAAUCGCCGCUGCAGCACCAGGGUAGGAGUACUCUUGCCGCCCCGCGAGUGCUGCUCCGAUCCAACAGCGACAACAACCUGAACGUCAACAAGCUGUCGCUGGAGCGCUCACGCUCGCCCUCUCCUGCCGCUUCACCCCUGCGCAGCCUCUCGCCCCGCCACCCCCAGCAGAUGCAGAACAGCCCAAAUGGCACGGUGAAAACCAUGGCCCUGGGCGGGCGCUCCGCCCGAAGCCGAUCCCCUUCCCUGGGCCGGCUGGGGGAGGGAGACACGCGGAGACAGACCCCGCUACGCCACAGCAGUCCGCGUGCCAACAGAGAUGCCUUUUCCGGCAUAGAGACCCCCGGGUCCAAACGGAAGCUGUACAGCGCUGUGCCAGGAAGACACUACGUGGUGGUCAAAUCAUACCAACCGCAGGCCGAGGGAGAAAUCGUUCUUUACAAGAACGACAGGGUCAAAGUUCUCAGUAUUGGAGAAGGAGGAUUCUGGGAAGGCAGUGCCCGAGGGAAUGUAGGCUGGUUCCCUGCGGAAUGUGUGGAAGAGAUCCCGAGCAAACCCAACGAGGACAGGCCCUAUGCCAGAGCGGACCGUUCAGAGAGAAGGAAGCUCUUUCGACACUACACUGUGGGAUCUUAUGACAGUUUUGAUGCAUCAAGCGACUGCGUUAUCAACGAAAAGACUGUCGUGCUGCAGAAGAAGGAUAACGAGGGAUUCGGGUUCGUGUUGAGAGGGGCGAAAGCGGAUACCCCCAUUGAGGAGUUCACUCCCACUCCAGCCUUCCCUGCGUUACAGUAUCUGGAGUCUGUGGAUGAGGGAGGGGUGGCAUGGAAAGCUGGUUUAAGAACAGGAGACUUCCUCAUCGAGGUGAACCAGGAUAACGUUGUCAAAGUGGGCCACAAACAAGUGGUCAACAUGAUUCGUCAUGGUGGCAACCACUUAAUCAUCAAAGUGGUAACGGUCAGUCGAAAUCUAGACCCUGACGACACGGCUCGAAAGAAAGCGCCACCGCCACCACGGAGGGCUCCCUCCACAGCCUUGUCCAUGCGUUCAAAAUCUAUGACCUCAGAGCUAGAAGACCUAGAUAAAGUGGAUGAAGUCGUACCUCCUCAGAAACCCAUAUGGGACAACUCAAAUGCAGAAGUGAGAGUGGCGACGGUCAAGCCACGUCCAACUAGCAAAUGUUUUCCUGUCAGCCCUGAAAUGAAUUCUCUCUGCAAUAGUCAGGAUACAGCAGUAGAUUCGUCACCACAGCCAGGGAGUCCUAGAGGCCCUUUUCUGGGUCUACCAAGGGGAACCAUACGGCGGCAAACAUCCAUAGGAGUAACCGAAGAAGAGAAGCAGUUCCUUACUCCUCCAAUGUUGAAAUUUACAAGAAGCCUUUCGAUGCCUGACACAUCAGAGGAUAUUCCACCCCCACCAGCUAUCUCCCCUCCAUCUCCACCUCAUAAUAAUGCUCCUGUCCCAGCUGGUCGAGGAUACGGCACCAUCAGAGCAGGUUUUACUUCACAGAGUCCUAAUGCAAACAGCACAGCCCCGGAGAGAGGAGAAGGUGCUGGGUGGAGAGAUCAGGGCAAGUAUUACAGAGACAAUCCCGAGCAGUAUGAUUCUGAGGGGUACAAUCACAGCCCCACGGCCCAGCAGAGUCUUCAUAUGCGCCGUGCCCAAAUCCCUGAGAACCCUUACUCAGAUGUUGGUAAGAUGGGUCAAGCUGGACUGUUUGUGCCCAACAAGCCUGCCAGAAGAAAGGGAAUGCUUGUCAAACAGUCCAACGUAGAGGACAGUCCUGAGAAGACCUGCUCCAUUCCUAUUCCGACAAUAAUAAUCAAAGAGCCCUCCACCAGCAGCAGCGGCAAAAGCAGUCAAGGAAGCAGCAUGGAAAUUGAGACGACCACUCCAGAUCACCCAGGGCAGUUGCGUCCUGAAGAUGGCCUAAAUCCAGGCAGUCCAUUUGCAGCUGCCAUUGCUGGUGCUGUCAGAGACAGGGAAAAAAGGCUUGAUUCUCAUCGCAACUCACCAUCUUUUAGGUCUACAGAUGCUGGUGAUGAAGAUGUGGUUCCUACACCUACCCCAAGGCUUCGACACUCCAAGUCUAUUGAUGAGGGCAUGUUUAGCAGCGAUGAGCGGCUGCGUAGGCUCAUGGCACCUCCCUCAUCACUUCUUAGCAUCCCUAGAGGUGGUGGCAAUGUGACAGACUUCAACAGUCCCGAACCCACCAUGGUAAGGGAACUGUUGAACACUCGUACAGGACACAGCCCAAUCAGUCUGCCUGCUCAUAAGACCUACAGCUCAGGAAGUGGGAAUUACGUUCACCCAGUAACAGGCAAGCCACUUGACCCCAACUCACCAUUAGCUUUAGCAUUAGCUGCCAGAGACCGAGCCAUGAGGGAUCAAUCACAGCCUCUUCCAUUAAAAAGUGACCCAUCCAAACUUGAUCUCAAUAAACCGCUUUUCAUCGACACCAAGCUUAGACCAAAUGUGGAGGUUGGCUUCUCAAGUACUGCUACCAUGGGCCGUCCCCGUGGGGGCUUGAGGAGGCAGAUGACUGAGUCCAAAUAUGAGACAGAAUCCAAGUAUCAGCUCGAUUUGGGCAAGCCCGAAAAGAGGCCUGAGGAGAAGAAAAACAUGCUGAUUGACAUUGUGGACACUUCUCAGCAGAAGUCAGCUGGUCUGCUGAUGGUGCACACCACAGAUGGGGCAAAAUCUGAGGAUAACAGCUUGUCAGAGGGCGAAAGGGACGAGGGAGUGAGUCCCGACAACACCCCUGGGGAGCUUCGCGACCCCAACCAGCCAGCUCCCACCAACCCCCCAGCCCCCAAGGCGCUAUCAGCUGCUCCACAUGGCAAGACCAUUAUAACUGUUAGCUCAGUGGAUGAGCCUGUGAAGCUGCCCUUCGGCAUCCCUCCACCGCCCUUGGCCUCUGUCGACAUCGAUGAAGAGUUUGUGUUUGCAGAACCCUUACCACCCCCACUGGAGUUUGCCAACAGUUUUGACAUUCCUGAAGACCAGGCAGGAAGUAUAGCUGAACUACUCAAACAGAAAGCAAAUGGUACAAAAGGGCCUUCUCUUGCUCCCUACUAUCCCGCGUUAGGUGGAGGGCAUGCUGAAAUCAAAAGAUCAACAGUCCUCACAAAUUGCACACCUCCCAGCUUCCCUCCUGGGCCUCUAGAGCCCUAUGAACAAAUCACUGACUCGGGCAUUGAGGUAGACAGCCGGAGCAGUGGUGACCCCCAACUGGAGACCACCAGCACCAUCUCUACUGUGUCCAGCAUCUCCACCCUGUCUUCUGAAGGAGGUGAGACCCUGGAUACGUGCACCGUCUAUGCAGAUGGACAAGCCUUUCUGGUGGACAGGUCUCAAAUCCUGUCUAAACCAAAACCCAAACCUGCCAUCAAGAGCAAUGCACUUUACAAGGACUCUUUGCCUGAGGAGAACGUAGGCUCUUUCAGAAUGCCCUCCUCUGUCCCACCUCCACCCCCUGGAUCUAUUCCACCAGAACCCUUGAAAACCCCAACGCAACGAACCUCAAAGCUGUGGGGUGACCCUCCGGAGAUGAAAGGACCCCAUGGGCCUGAAACCAAUUCAGUUCUGCAGCAUGUGAACAAGGACAAAGCACCAAAGCCAGGGGAAGCGUUAGACUCUCCGACUGGAUCCAGGACUCACUUUGGAACAAGAAAUCAGGAUGGUGUAUCCCUCAUCUCAGGUACACAGCAAAACACCACCGUUACCUUCACUGCCCAGCCUGGCCCCAACGUGCCUGCCCCGUCACCGUGCCGACAGGCAGAGAGCCUGCCUCCCCACCACCACACCCCAAGCCCUAUCAUGUCCCCACCGGACUCUGGCCUCAGCUGUGCCUCUUCCCUCCCAACCUCGGCCACUUCCCCCACCAUGACGGACGUCUUUGGCCUGCCCACACCGCCCCUCAGCCUGGGCACAGGGCGUAGCCGCUCCCCUUCCCCACUCACCCUCAUCCAGGCUGCAUCAAAUAAGCCCUUUGCCACCAAACCUGUUCUCUUGUGGAGCAAGCAGGAUGUGGCCGACUGGCUCGAGAGCCUGAACCUGGGUGAGCACAGGGAUGCCUUUAUGGACAAUGAUAUAGAGGGCAGCCACCUGCCAAACCUGCAAAAGGAGGAUCUGAUCGACUUGGGUGUGACUCGUGUGGGUCACAGAAUGAACAUCGAGCGGGCGCUUAAAGUCCUUUUGGACAGAUGA